GAUGAUAUCACCAACUCUGUGAAUCUAGAACAGGCGCAAGAUUAUAUCCCUGAGAAAAUUGUCUCACCCGAACAGAUAGAGAGCACGUCUGAUUCUAAUAUAUAUCAACCCAUAAUCACAGAGACUAAAUCGUUGGAAAAUAAGGAAGUCGAUGAAUUUCUAGAUUCAACAUACAAGGAAACGGUUAGUAAAGAGAUUAUUCAAAACAUUAAAGACAAGAAACUUCGAGAACAAGAAACAAUCACAGCUUCCCAGCCUAUUAUCUCCCGUGAACAGAAAAACAUCCAAUCGAAUUUUCAGCACGAAAGCGUGGGUACCUCGACUUUGACAAGAAUUUCUAGUAAAUCAGAACAAACGUCUAUCGAUCAAAAAGUUACCCGUAAUCAAAUGGUAGAACAAGGUUUAAUACAAGAGUUAACAGAAUUUAUCAUAGAGGAGAGCAUUGAAAUUAAGAAAUCUUUUUAUUUGAACGAUGAGAAAACUGCUACUGUACGGGGCUUAGUUCAUUUAUACCGGAAAGCAAGUUUGGCGGAAAAAAAUACAAUUCAAGCUAAACAGGAAGAAAUUUUAUGCUGGUAUUAUUACGGGAAGGACUUUGAAAAAAUGGUUAGUGAAAUUUUGUCUAAUCCUUUGGGUUGCAAAAAUAAUAAAAGAGCUAAUGAUCUAGCAAGAGGUCAAGUUUAUGAUGAAAUGAUUUCACAUCUCUCAGGCAUUACACGUGAAAAUUUGCGUAAGAAAACUCAGAGAAUUAUUAAAAUUUAUAAUCUAUUCGAAACAAUAGGUAAAGAUAAAAUUAAGCAAGUUCGAUCUUAUAGUGCAACUACUAUUUCAUGUUUAACCGAUACUAAUAUUCAAAAUAUUAUCAAUUCCGUUUCCAAAAAAUCACAUAACUGCGAGACAAAUCCGUCCCGCACUUAUAAAGAAAAAUUAUCUUCUGAUUUUAGUCUUUCUCCAAAAAUAGAACUCGAUGUAUCAGUAGAUGCACCACCUGUCUCGAAAUCCACUGUUAAAGAGACCUCACCAGAAACUAAGCAAUAUCCCGACUUAUAUUUUGAAUAUAUGAGUAAAAAAAAUAUUGAUUAUUAUGGGGUUAAUGCUGAAACGCCAUGUCCAAUAUGCAAGUUAAAUCAUGAGGAUGAGGAUGGUAUAAAUGGAGAAUAUAAAGAUGGAUCUUACUAUAUUAAAUGUGAAGCAUCUGGAAUCGACAUUAUUAUACUAGCUUCGAAAUAA